UUUUGCGUAUUUUCGCGUGCGAUCAAGCUGUGUGUGCCGGCAAAAAUAAAUAUGUCUAACAAAAAGCACAAGGAAAUAGAUCACGAGGAGAGCGGGAGCGAAGAGGAGCAGGAUUCUGGGAGUGAGAGAGAUUCUGAUUUCGACUCCGAUGGGAACUUCGUGGGUGACAAGGAGCUUCAAGCAGACUUUGAAGGUCGCAACCCGGAAGAUUGUGACUUCCAUGGCAUAAAGCAGCUUCUGAGACAACUGUUCCUUAAAACUAAUGUAGACUUGGGAGCGCUUACACAGAUUAUAAUCUCUCAAAAUUACGUAGGCAGCGUGGUGAAGCAGUGUCUAGAUGACCCUGUAGACGAUGAUGAUGAGGAUGAUGGCAGCGACGGAGUGUUCGGAGUCACCACUGUCAUUAACAUCACUAAGAGAAAGCAAGAGCCAGCAAUACAGCAAGUAACAGACCUCCUAAUCCAGCUUGCCGAGGACAAUGCCGACGACAGAACCAAAGUUCUCAUCAAGAAGAUCCUGUCCGACGACUCCAACCAUGUUGGUUUUGUGAUUAAUGAAAGAAUCCUGAACAUUCCCGCAGCUAUCAGCGUGCCCCUGUUCUCUUCUCUCCAGUCAGAGUUGGACAAGGCCAUCAAAAAGAACAUGCCAUACACAUUCCAGUACCUCAUAUGGAUAUGCAAAACAUACAACACUGGCGACGAAGCAUCAGAAAUAUUGUACGCGAAUCAGGAAGAGAAACCGCUGGCGGACGAAGCGCUGGCGAGCUUCGAUGUGGACGUGUCGGAGCAGGUCGACUUCUCGCAGUGGGAGUACGAGGGCGGCGCCAUGACGCCCGGCAGAAAGGUCCUCAUAUUUGAAGGCAAGAAGUUCAACCACCUCGUGAGGCUGCUGAAGGAAGAAGUGGAGGGGGGAGUCUAAGGUCUUCACGAGCGGAGCGACGCUCGGGUGUGCGAGCGGGACGUCGCUAUAUUCGUAUA